AUUUUCUUCUUAAAUUGCCAUUUUCGCUUUAGGAGAUGAAUGUUUUCCUUUGGCUGUUUUGGCAAUGACUCUGAAUUAAAGCGAUGCUAACGCCUUCUUUCCCGCCUAAUUGCUAAAAGCUACGGACUGCAGGAAGAUGGCCCGCUUCUCUUACAGUGUGAUUUGGAUCAUGGCCAUUUCUAAAGCCUUUGAACUGGGAUUAGUUGCUGGGCUGAGCCAUGGGGAAUUUGCACAUCCAUCUCGGGGAGACCUGGCCUUCAGAGAUGACAGCAUUCGGCCCCAGGAGGAGCCUGCGAUUCGGCCUCGGUCUUCCCAGCGUGUGUCGCCCAUGGGGAUACAGAACAGUAAGGAGUUAAACAGAACCUGCUGCCUGAAUGGGGGAACCUGCAUGCUGGGGUCCUUUUGUGCCUGCCCCCCCUCCUUCUACGGACGAAACUGUGAGCACGAUGUGCGCAAAGAGAACUGUGGGUCUGUGCCCCAUGACACCUGGCUGCCCAAGAAGUGUUCUCUGUGUAAAUGCUGGCACGGCCAGCUCCGCUGCUUUCCUCAGGCAUUUCUACCUGGCUGUGAUGGCCUUGUGAUGGAUGAGCACCUUGUGGCUUCCAGGACUCCAGAACUACCACCAUCUGCACAUACCGCUUUUAUGCUAGCUGGCAUCUGCCUUUCUAUACAAAGUUACUAUUAA